AUGCAAGCACCAAAAGAGAUAGUAUUUGUCACAGGUAAUGCCAAUAAGCUGAAGGAGGUCAAGAUGAUCUUGGCUCCAUCGGAAUCAGAUCCAACACCAUCGUUCACCAUCAUUAAUGAGGCAUUAGAUCUAGAUGAAUUACAAGAUGUGAACCUCGAAGCCAUAGCUCUGGCUAAAUGUAAGCAAGCAGUGGCCCAUUUAGGAGAGGGUCAUCCAGUAUUUGUUGAGGACACAGCCUUGCGUUUUGAUGAGUUCAAUGGGUUACCAGGUGCCUAUAUCAAGUGGUUUCUCAAGAGUAUGGGGUUGGAAAAGAUUGUCCAAAUGCUACAACCUUUCGAGAACAAGGGAGCGGAAGCAGUUACUACCAUUGUUUAUUGUGAUUCCAAGGGUCAAUAUCAUACUUUCCAGGGGAUCACAAGGGGUAUCAUCGUAGAUAGUCGUGGACCUACUACUUUUGGAUGGGAUUCCAUUUUCCAACCGCUAGAAAGUGACGAGAAGACAUACGCUGAAAUGGAGAAAAAGGACAAGAACCUGAUCUCACAGCGUGGUAGAGCCUUCGCCCAAUUGAAGGACUUCCUAUAUCAUCAUUCUGCCUAA